UGUCAUGUGACCUUGCUGGCACGAACAUGGCGGAAACAAGGAACUAUUUCACGAGCUGUUUCGUUCUGUUCAUUUUGAGGCUUUCUUGCAGCAAUGCAAACUCUUCGAUGAAUGGAACAGUAUACUACGCUGAAGGAAAGUAUCACAUAGAGUUUGGUAUACUUGACAAAGACCAUGGUGUAGCUUAUGGGACGUAUGAGGAUGCAAUUAACACCACAGGGUAUGAUUACAAUAAUUUAUGUAUACAGUGUACCGCUUAUCAUAAUUGGCUGAGGAUAUUUAUCAAAUGUUUAUUUGGUUUCUAUGGUAUCAGGAGGAUAAAUGAAAACUAUGUGAAUAUCUAUGAUGAGUUCUUCAGUAAGUCUUCAGAAUCCUUUGUGAAAACUGUUGGCAAGUGGUUCGAUGCCCAGGAAGAAUGGAUGAGGAGCAAAAUAGCCAGUGGAUCAAACAACAGCUCACUCUGGAGACAAAUGGGCAACAUUAUCUCUCAAUAUGAUGGUCUAAUUGCUGGCUACACAGACUACCCAGCUACAGAAAAGGUAUUGAAAAAGUUUGCUUUUCAAUUUCUUAAUGGUGUCGGUGAUUACCUCACACUGAAGGAUGUCCUCAACCCUGAUGGACGUCCUGAUUGGGACAAGAUGACAGAUGAUGAGAUUUUAACCAAGGUAGGACGAAUGGGGCAUUGUUCUGCUCUCAUAAAGAUUCUUCCAGGAUAUGAAGAUAUAUUUGCUGGACAUUCAAGCUGGUUCGUGUAUGCUGCAACAAUGAGGAUAUAUAAACAUUACUAUUUCAAUCUCAAUGAUCCAAGUACAGGUUCGAAACGGAUGUCUUUUUCAAGUUAUGCUGGAUAUCUGGUAUCACUGGAUGACUUUUAUAUCAUGGACAGUGACUUGAUCAUGGUUCAAACAACAAACAAUGUGUUCAACAAUUCUUUGCUGAAGUAUGUCACACCACAAUCCCUUCUAGCCUGGCACAGAGUGCGCCUUGCUAACCUGAUGGCUCACAAUGGUGAAGAAUGGGCAGAUGUUUAUAAACAAUACAACUCAGGUACUUACAACAAUCAGUACAUGGUCCUAGAUCUAAAACAGGUUCAACUGAAGAAACCCCUACUCAAGGGUGCAUUGUGGGUAGUGGAACAGAUUCCAGGGUUGGUGGUCAGUGGAGAUCAAACUGAGAUCCUCAGUGAAGGUUACUGGCCAUCCUACAAUGUUCCUUUCUAUCAAGAGAUUUAUAAUCUAAGUGGUUACCCUGAAUUUGUGAAGAAACAUGGACUAUCGUAUUCAUAUCAGCUUGCUCCAAGAGCCAUGAUAUUCCGUCGGGAUCAAGGAAAGGUUGUGGAUAUUAAAUCAAUGAAACACAUUCUGCGCUACAAUGACUAUCCUCAUGACCCGUACUCGGAUAAGAACCCGUACAACUCCAUAUGCUCAAGAGGAGAUCUUCUUAUUCCGUCAGACAGGAGUCCAGAUGGUUGUUACGACACCAAAGUGACAGAUUACUCAAGGGCAAAAUCAUUAAUGUCCGAAGCUAUCAGCGGUCCCACUUACCAGGGUUUACCCGUGUUUUGCUGGAGUAAUUUCUCGUUUCCAAACAAGCAUGUUGGUUUGCCUGACUGUUACAACUUUGAUUUUGUGACUAUGAAGCCAGAGUUUUAACAGACGGCAGUAUACUGAAGGCUUUCGGUGAUGGGGAAUGCAUCUCUUGGCAAAAUUUUACCUUUUAUCCAAACAUGAGUCGCGUCUUUUCUUUUUAGUUUAAAUUUGCAGUUGAAAAUAAUCCAGGCCCCAGAGAUCUGUGUUUUAAGAAAUACGUAACGAAAACCAUGCCGAAGAAUAUUUUGUUUAAGUCAAUUUAAAAAGUUGUUUGUGGUUAUUGUAAUCUUUUUAAAAGCGAACAAUAACUAAGUUAAUAAUCUUUAAAUCCAUGUUUAAGUUAAGAAAAAACAAUAGUGGUUUUCGGAGGGGUUUUCGUUCUAGAUUAAUAACUUUUUAACAUGUCAUUUUGAAUGUGAAAUAGAAUUUGAAUCUUACAAGGUGAUAUCCAUUUUAACUGAUUAGUUAUUAGAUUUUAAAUGAAAAAUGAUAAGUUAAUAAGUUUGUUAGUAUUGUCAAAUCUAUUGAGAUUGUCGUAAAUAGAUUGUCUACAUAACAUGUCAUUUAUGUUCAAUUUUGAAAAAUAAAACGUUUUGUACAUGCUUUUA